ACACUUUCUCGUUCACCCUUUUUUAAAAUAAAACCCUUUAACCUUGAAUCAAUAUAACUUAAUCUUUAUUUGUUUACAUUUUAUAUCCUUAGAUUAAAUUCUAUCAGAACAGUGCCCUAUGGAGCAAUGAAACUGAUUUCUUUGUCAUUUUUGCAGAAAGAGAGGAGAAAAUUUGAACCCCAUUCAAAUAUUCAGAACGAUACUGAAAAAUUACAGAACUAUUGUUCAGACGAGGAUCAAACUGGAUGUUUAGAAAGACACAUCAGCACACAUGUAAGUAAAAAGCCAUUAAAGUGUUACAGUUGGAAAGAUUCAACUAGUUCAGGUCAGUUACAGAGACAACUAAGUUCUCAAACCAGGGAGAAAUAUUUUAAGUGUGAAAUUUUUGGGAAGGCAUUGUCUGUGUUAAGUGACAUUACUAUCGACAUGACGACACAAACUGGUAAUGUAUCUUAUUGUUGUGAUGCAUGUGAAAAAACUCGGAACGAAUCAGGUACCUUACAGAGAAAUACGAGGAUACACACAGAAAAACCACUCAAUAAAUAUGAUGUAUUUGACAAGUCACUCAGUGAGCCACAACACGUGCAGACACACAUGAGUACACACACAAUUGAAAAGCCCUAUAAAUGUGAAGUGUGUGAGAAGGCAUUCAGUUGGUCAAAAAAUCUACAGAGUCACAUGAGGAUACAUACUGGUGAAAAACCGUACAAAUGUGAAGUGUGUGGGAAGGCUUUCAACCAGUCACAGAACUUAAAAAGUCACAUGAGGACACAUACUGGGGAAAAACCUUUCAAAUGUGAUGUAUGUGGGAAGGAAUUUAACCAGUUACAACAAUUACAGAAUCACAUGAGGACACAUACUGGGGAAAAACCUUACAAAUGUGAUGUAUGUGGGAAGGCUUUCAACCAGGUACAGCACUUACAGAAUCACAUGAGGACACAUACUGGGGAAAAACCUUAUAAAUGUGAUGUGUGUGGAAGGAGUUUUUCUGGAGCAAAAGCCCUACAGGACCAUAUGAUGAUACAUACAGGUGAAAAACCUUAUAAAUGUGAUGUGUGUAGGAAGGCAUUCACUCGUUCAAGGGACUUACAGAUUCACACGAGGACUCAUACAGGUGAAAAACCAUAUACAUGUGAUGUGUGUGGGAAGGCAUUCACUCGUUCAAGUGACUUACAGAGUCACAGGAGGAUAUUACAUUCAGAGGAUAAACCUUAUAAAUGUAAUAUGUGUGGAAAGGCAUUCACUCGUUCAGGUAGCUUACAGAAUCACAUGAGGAUCCAUACAGGAGAAAAACCUUAUAAAUGUGAUGUGUGA